AUGGUGAUGAUGAUUGCAGCAAGUAAAAGCACCACUGAGUCACCAGCACACAAGAAAAGUCGAUGCGAUGCUACACCGGGCACCAAUCAGCAACACAUCCAGCAGACAACCCACGAUGUAGACAUGGAUCCAAGUGAAGGACAAGAAUCAAACAGCAAUGACGAAGCUACCACCACAGAAGACAUGACAGGAGUGGCUAACCUGGAUGACAAAUUUGCAGCAGUGGAAGAACACGACAAAGCAACAUCAGCGCCCCAAGCACGGGCGGUGAUGGAGGGUCCUCAUAAUUCCAACUGA